CCCGGCCAGCCCAGACCGGAAGUCCUCUGUGUGAGGUACGCGGCGCUCAGCGGCCGGGGGAGCCUCGAGGGCCCACAGAUCAGGGGUACACCCGGCCCAGUGCCGCUUCCGGCCUGGCUCUUCCACCAGAACCAAAGAACGGACCGAGUUGAGUGCGGACUUGGAGUCCGGAAAAGCUGAGUCCGAAUCCAGCUCUCGACACUAAUAGGGGGCCCGUUGCCUAGUCACAGCCUAUGCGUUUUCUUACCUGUAAAGGGGGGAUAACGUCUCCCCCGGUCACUGAGUGGUGAAGCUCAAACGAGGAGGGGUGAAUGGGGGGUGUCCUGCUUCUGUGAGCCUGUGGAGGCUGAGGGUCAUAGUUUUGCUCCUGAUAGUUAAGGCUAUCCAGAAUUGGAACGAGUUGCCCCAAAAGGUAGCAUGCAUCUUCAGAUGCAAUCCGAUGACCAUUUACCCAGGGAUAAGUUACCGAGUCUAGACCCUUGAGGAUCAAAGAAUCAGUCUGUGGGAUUUGUAAAACAAGGUUAGAGUUAGAUAAGUAGUUUUUUCUUUUAUUUUAUUAAACCUUUCCUAAUUACGUUUUUAAAAUUUAAGUUCCCAAUUCCCUCCCUCCAUUCUCUUUUUUUGAGAAAGUAAGCGACUUUGCAUCAAUUAUAUAACUGAAUCCAGUGUAAAACAUGUUUCCAUAUUAGACAUUGCAAAAGAAAAGCAUAGACCAAGAUAAAUAAAACAAGAAAAAUAAAAAUAAAAAAGCUAACCUUCAUUCUGCAUUUAAGAAUUCCCCUGUUGUAUUCCUGAAGGUGGGUUUUUCUGAAAUUUCCCUGCUCCCCAUUUCUUAUAGCAAACUGUAUUCCAUCCCAAUCAUAUAGUACAGCUUGUUUAACCGAUCCCCAGUUGAUGGGCAUCCCCACAAUUCCCAAUUCUUUGCCACUUUAAAAAAAAAAAAAAAAAAAGCUGCUAUAAACAUUGUUGUACAAGUAGGCCCAUUACCCGUUUCUUCGAGCUUGGGAUACAGACCCAAUGGUGAUAUUAAAGUCCCAUCCAGCAAUCAAAUCCUAAAUCCCUUAAUUAGAACAUUGCCUAAGUGAAAUUAAGUUGUAGUUAUUAGCCAGGCAACUAAUCUUAAACUUGCAUUUCUUCCCCAGACAAUUCACAAAAGGUACUUAUCAGAGGUUGUAUUUCUCAUUUUGAAACUAGUUGGUGCAUUGGGAGACAUUUUAUGUCUAGAUCCCCUCAUUUACCUUUAUCCCAGUUAUAUCUUGGAGCUCCUUAUCAUCUAUAGCUCGUCUUUACCACAGCUGCCCCAUAAAGAAGCUUAAUCAAACAUUUAUUAGGCACCUAUUUAUGGCAGGCUCCACCGCAAAGCAAGACAGAUAGAAAAAGGCAAAAGGAAGUCUCUUACAAUCUAACAGGGAAAAGAAGAUGCAGAUAUGUUCAAAGUGACCACGAUAAUAAGAAACAAAGCAAAACACUGCAAUUAAGAGGGGUUAGGGAAGGAAGGCUUUCUGAAGAAGGAUGCCCUAUGAGAUCUGACCCAGAUGGAGGCCAGGGCUUCUGCUCAGAUCAUGUGGACUGCAGAUGAGAUUGCCCAUCUGUGCUACACGCACUACAGCACCAGGCUGCCCAAGCAAGGGAAGCCAGAGCCCGAUCGAGAAUGGACCUUGCUGGCAGCUGUGGUGAAGGUGAAUUCUACAGCCGGAGGCUCUGGUGACCCCAGGGACAAAUCCUCCCAAGUAACUAAGGAAGUUGUCUCCAUGGGAACAGGAACGAAAUGCAUUGGCCUGUCCAAAAUGAGAAAAAGUGGAGACAUCCUUAAUGACAGUCAUGCUGAGGUCAUAGCCAAGAGGAGUUUCCAGAGGUACCUAUUCCAUCAGCUCAGGACUGCAGCCAGCCUGCCCCAGAACAGCAUCUUUAUGCCGGGAACCAAGACAGGAAUGUGGAAGCUCAAACCAGACUUGCAUUUUGUGUUUUUUUCUAGCCACACUCCCUGUGGGGAUGCCUCCAUCAUCCCGAUGCUGGAGGGUGAAGAUCAGCCUUGCUCUCCAGUCUGUAGUGAUGGAGCAACCAGCCAGUCGGCGGAGGCCAUUAGUGACCCUGUGGUGCUAGAAAAUAAAAGGAAAGGGGAAGAAAUCCCAGCACACCUUAUAACUAAGAGGAUGAAAACAGAGAACAGGGAUCUCUCCACAGACAUCCUCAGUGAGAUAGCCAUACAUUAUUCUACUGGGAAGGAAGAGAGCUUACAAAUACCGGCAGAUGCCAGCAACUCCAGCUCUCCAGCAAAUGGAUCAGCAGCAGGACCAGCAGCUACUAAGGGGACUGUCCCAGUUGGUGCUAAAGUAGUGGAUAUUUAUAGAACUGGAGCAAAAUGUGUGCCAGGGGAAGCUGGAGAUACUCAGAAGCCUGGUGUCGAAUAUCACCAGGUGGGAUUACUCCGAAUAAAGCCAGGCCGCGGAGACCGAACCUCUUCUAUGUCCUGUAGUGAUAAGCUGGCAAGGUGGAAUGUGCUUGGGUGCCAAGGUGCCCUGCUGAUGCACUUCCUGGAAGAGCCGGUCUACCUGACAGCCCUGGUCAUUGGAAAAUGCCCUUACAGUCCUGAGGCCAUGAAGAGGGCCCUGAUUGACAGGUGUCAGCAUGUGUCGAGCUUGCCCAGAGGUUUCCAAGUCCAAGAGUUAAAAAUGCUUCAGUCAGAUUUGCUGUUUGAACACAGCCACCAUGCGGUUCAAGCAAAGAGAGCUAACUGCCCAGGGAAAAUUGUUCCUUGUGGGGCUGCCAUAAGUUGGAGUGCAGUCCCAGAGCAGCCUCUCGAUGUGACCUGCAAUGGAUUCAGGCAGGGAGCUACAAAGAAGAGCGUCGGAAGUCCACAGGCCAGAUCCAAAGUCUGUAAGGUGGAACUCUUCAACAUGUUCCAGAGUCUGGUAAGCAGUAUUUCUGAGAACAAGCAACCCGAAUCUCUCAGGGUCAAGAAGCUUGAAACAUACUGGGAAUACAAAGUGGCAGCAACCAGCUACCAAGAAGCCUGGAAGACACUUCAGAAGCAGGCAUUUGGCUCCUGGAUCAGAAAUUCACCAGAUUACCAACAGUUUAAAUGAGAAGACAAAAUCUGCACAAACCCAUUAAAGACAGUAUGCUUUCCAACCUUUGUCCCAUACGUAUUGGACAAAUCUCAGCUUUUCUGUUAGUUAAGGAAAAGCAAACCAAAGGAUCUUAAAAUGCCUAUGCAGGUGUUCAUUCUGGAACAGAGAGGCAAUUAGUAAAUGGCAUCUUGAUGUGAUUUGUUUUUUCAAAUGCUGUCUGAUGUCUCACAUUGUGAUAGGGACAGUACACCCCUCCUCACCCUCUUCACCCCAAUUUAAAUGACUACUGAUAUGUGGGUUCCAUCUGUUUGAUGACCAGGGACUCUUGGUAAACCUCACCCCACCAGAUAGUAUAUUUCUUCCAACAUAUCUGUAAAUGGUUAACUGUUUUAAAAUUGCCUUUUCCAAAAAGAUCAUCUUCCAAUUAUCCUGGUGCCUAAGGAACUAAAUACUGAGUUCCUUACACUCAUGGAGGGGGUAGGUUUAAUGCUGCUUCACUUCUUGAUGUUCUGCGUUCCAUUAGAUUCUAAACCUACUCCUUGGAAAAAGCGAAAGCAAUGUUUCAAAGUUUUGCUUUGAUUUAAAGCAUUAUAUUUUACAUUAUAUUUUAAUGUAUUCUUUGUGUGGCCCUUGGGCAUAAAUUGUAAACGGGAAUUGUAUAUAACUAUAUUAAGUGCUUCAUUUUGGAGUAGCAGUGCCAAGCAUUAGCUAAUAGUCUGGGAAAGAGAAAGGCUUAUGUGGAGGGAAAUGAUCAAUCCUUGGCACAGACUGCCCUGGCACGGUGGCCUGAUUUGGUCAUGUCUGUUUCUAUAGUUGCCUCUUCUCAGGCCCAAGGUCCAAUAUGUGGUUGAAAAACAGUGUGCUAAACAAACUAGUCAAAGGUUUCUAGUCGUUACAUCAAUUUCCUCUCUGACUGUAGUGAGACAAUUUGAAACACUGCGGGGAUUUCAAGUUACUGCCCUUUCUUGGUCCCGUCUUCUGCCUCUUCUAACAGAGAUGUUCCUCUUCCAGAAAAGAAAUGUAUGGUUAUUAAAUGGAAGGAAAACACAUUCUUCCAACAUCGACAUGAAGUAACUUUCCGGGUUCCCCAAACCCUUUAUAUUCUCAUAAGUCCCUAAUGGGAACUUAGUAAGUCUGGCACAGAGCAUUUUUCUUCAGCCACCUACCUGAAAUAAUGAAUCUAAAACUUUUGGUUGUGAUAAAUCUUAAAUACCAAUCUGUGCCAAAUGACCUACAAAAAGAAAUCCAGACUGGGCAUAUCCUGAAUUUUACAUUACAAAUUUUGUCUUGUGGAAGUAUAUAAUCUGCAAAAAAAAAUAACGUAAGCAUAACUGGAGAUUUCAGAUUCCAUAGCCUUCACUUGAAACAGCAUUCUUGACCGUUUUCCCUUUUUAUCUCCUAGACCCUUUUCUCUACAUUAUUUUUUUGUCUGUUUUGACCUGUCAUCUCUGUAUUUAAAUGAUGCAAAUCUACACAUACAGCCUUAAUCUCACAUCUGAGUUGCAGUCUUAGAUCUCCAUUUACCUGCUGGGCAUUUACCCCUAUCAGUAUGUUCAAAAAUGAUUUCAUCUUUUCCCCAAAACCUACCCCUCCUCCAAACUUGCCAUUUCUGUUGAAGAUAGCACUUAGUUCCAAAAACAUAGGACUCACUUUCAGUUCUCCACUCUCCCUUACUCCCUUUAAUUGCAAAGUCUUCACUUCCACAAUAUCAUCUCUUUGCACUGCAAGGACUCAUUACCCUCAGCUUUUGCCUGAAUUAAACUGACUACUUCAUGACCGAUUUUCUUGUUUCUGUUCUCAUCUGUCACCUACUCCCCCAUAGCACUGCUGAGUGAAUAUUCAAGCCCAGUUCUGCCCAUGUCAAUUCUCCUACUCCAGCUUCAGUGAAUAAAACACAAACCCCUGACAGUUAAAGCCCAUUGCAAUCUGGCUCCAGCCCAUCUUUCCAGGCUAAUUACUCAUUUUCCUUCUGCCCUCUACCCUUCAGCAAAACUGACUUAUGACUGUUCCAUCUUCCAUCAUUUUCCCUUGCCAUCAGUAAUUUCCCACUUCAUAUCUAUCUCUUUCUCUCUCUUGCAGACCACACUGCUACCUACUUCACAAAACCUUUCCUGACUCCCCUGGUUCUUGUGCCCCAUUCCACCCCUACCAAAAUUGCUGUAUUUCUGUUGUAUUUAUCUUAUAUUUACAUGUGAAUUUGGAUCUCCUCAGUAGAACAUUAAGCUGUUUAAGCUCAAGGGCUAUCUUGUCUUUGUAUCCACAUUGUCUAGCACAGUGCCCGACACACAGUGGGCACACAAAUGCCCCUACCUAGAUUGGCCAAAUUCUAUGAAAAGAAACUUCUUCCAAGAAAACAUCUGGACACUAAGGGAAUUGUUCUCAUAUUUGGGGGUGACAAAUGUGUGGCAAAGUCAUAUUUUCCUAAUGAUGUUAAUGUGCUAGAUUUUUUUUAAUGAACAAAACUGCUUUUCAGUCUCUAAAAUUCAGGAAAGUGGCUUGGCACACUGGUGGGCUCUCCCAUUGAGGGAAUACACAGCCAGAAAGAUACUCCAGCUUGGGACUAGCUGCCAGGGUCAGGUCCUACCCACAUGUCUCUGAACUGGCUCCCAAAAUAGGGGAAACACCCAGUGGAAACAGUGAUGGUGCCUUUGCUACAGCAGCCUACAGACAGCACAGAAAAACGAAAAGCUUCUCCAUACUCAGCAGUACUACUCUGGGAGAGGAACAAAGACUCACCAUGCUAGUGACAGUGAUCUAAAGCACCAGCCAAGAUUAACCAACACUUUUCAUUCCCCACCUUCUAUCCCUAUCCAACAAAACUCUCUCAGUGCAGGCCCGCUUUGGAGAGGAAGUACAAGUAUCUGGGCCCCAGAUAUUCCUGCACACAUGGGAAUAUUUCUAGGAAACUGGAGUCUUGUUAGAGUGGGCAGAUGCUGAAGAAAAUAUGGCCUCACAGAUGCUCAUUCUUGUUUUCAGGCAGUGACUGUUGACUGGACAGACUGUUUGCUGUCUUCACAACUUUUGCCUCUUGCCAACACAACAUUUGCCACUCCCAUCUGCAGUCUAUACACUUCUGACCUCUCUCCGUCAGUCUAACUCUUACCUCACUCUGCUUUUGUCCUUUCUUUACAUCCAACUCCAUUUUCCCUUUUGUGGAUCUCCUUCACCCGCUGCUCACGUGCCUUCGAGCCACAAUCAGAGUGGAGGAAGAGCUGGGCCCCUGCUGGGCAAUGUAGCUCCAGGUACCUUUGGUGAGGCAAUGCCAUGCUUCCAAGCCUCAAGUCCUGCUGCUUCCAAGCUGCUAUGGCUCCUGCUCACCAUUAUUUUCUCUGACAAGUGCCAGCAGCAGAGCCUGUCAUUCACCACCUCUGAGUACCAAGACUUUAAUUGCAGAAAAAGGGGUUUGAUUUGUUUUAAGGUAAGUCAGAAUUAUUGCUUUUUAAAUUUACAUGUUUAAAAUGAUUUGAUGUCAGAAAUAUGAAAAAACAACCAAUUCCUCUGAAUUUAGAACUUGCUGUCCUAGGUUUUCAGAGCUCUGGUUAAUGGAUGCAAUAGCCCGAUUCUCAUCCUGCAUCUAUAAGCAACAGUUCACCUCAAAGGGUUAAGUGAGGAGGAGGCAGAACUCAACAUCAGAAAUGUAUAAAUAAACCCGUCCUCCCACUCUCCUCUUGGAUGCCUCUGCCUCCUCAGAAUAGCCUGGGUUGGGGCUUUUUGCUUCCUUAGGAAACAAAGAUGAGAGGGAAAAUCGGAUGGAGGAGGAGAAAAGUCUUAGAACAUCAUCUGUCUGACAAAUCCUGCUGUGGUCGGCUUUCCAAUUCCCAUCAAGUCCAUCUUACCUUGAAUGCUCUCAUCAUCUAGCUAUGAUCUGCUGUGGUGGCUGCUAUCAAAUUACAACCAAACUGAUUUCACUCUUAAUUUAAAUAUCAGAGAUCCCAAAAAAGGAUCCCAGAGGUGGCAGGAUGAUUUAGAAGGAAGACCAGAGAACUCAAAGUCAUGUGAGACCUAGGUAGGUUCAAGCAAGGGACUUCUAUUUAAUAAGCAUUUAUUGAGUACUAUUUACAAAACACCAAGGACAGAAAGCCAAAAUCUGCCUUAAAGGGAGAUGGAGAAGGGUGGUCCUUGUAUGAAUCUGAACCUGUGAAAACAUCUUGAAAAAUUGAAAGUGAUAUAAUGUAGGCCAUAUGCCUACCAGCAUUAAAGUACCAAUGUCAGUGAUUAAUGGUAUAUUUUGAGAUAUUUACACACAAAACUCUUUGUUGGUUUCAUUUAUACUCUUAAAUCAUGAGGCUAUUUUAGUUGAAUUUUGUUUAGUGGCUCAUUCACCCUUCAUUUCAUCUGUUGGUCAUUGUGCUCAUUCAGAAUAUUUCC